GGCGCAUAAUGAUAAUCAAAACAUAUCAUCGGAAUAAUAUUAUGCUACAUGCGGUGUUUGUUCAGUAAACUUGAAAAUUGGCGUUUCUCAGGAAACGACCCUAGCGACCGAGUACACAAACUUGUAUACUUAUUGGAAUAGUUAUAUUAAGCCAGUCUACAGACAAGAUAAUUUUCGUACACAUACCUAAUAUGAUGUGAAUAAUAAAACAAUAAUCUAGCCACGUUUUAAAAUUAGAAAAUAUCCAUCAUAAGAUUUUUAACAAUUUUUUUCAUUAGAACUAAUAAAAUGAAUUUACAUCAUAGUUGGUAAAUAGGCAUUUUAAAAACAAAUUCGUUGCAACAUGAUUGAGAAUGUCGACAAACGCAGCGCGGCAUCUUCGGCGUCUAAUCUUUCAAGUCUUUCGGAACGCGACAUCGAGUACAAGCAACCGGUGUAUUUUAUACCAGAUAAAGAUCUUGAAGCGCAAUUUGAAACCGAUCGUCUUGAUAGGCGAGAUUCACAAAACUGUAAGUUGGACAAGAUGGGAAAACAACAGUUCAUGUCCAUACCAGACCGUCGAGUAAUUGAUAGAAGCACAUUCAAGCGGUUAAAAAACAAAGCUGUAGUAGUGACAGCGGAAGAUCGACGAAAGAAAGUCGAGGACUUAAUGGCCGACAGAGAGAGGCUGGAAAGCGAAAGUGCUGCCAGGAAGCAAAAACUACAGAGCUACGACGUACUUAGAACUAAAGGAAAACAACUUGCACAGUUGGACGAUGAAGCAAAUAAGAAGUCCAAUUACCUUCUGGCUAGAGCACAACAAUUGCGACAAGACCAAGAAGAUGAAAUAAAACGGUGCAACUCUCUGAUAUUAAGUACCAAGUGUCAUGCCAUUCGAAACGCUCAAAUUGCCGAAAAACAACUUAUUCAGAAAGAAAUGAAAGAAGAGGAACGUAGGAUGGAAGAGAUGAUGGAACGGGAACGAGCGUUAGCCGCUAAAGAGCUCGAAAAGACAGCGGAAGUGGAGAGGCAAAAAAAAAAAUUCCAAGCAGUUGAGGUGGAGAAACAAAUAAAAGAGAACGAGAUCGCCAGGGAAAUGGAGUUGGCUAGGAUGGCGGAGGAAGCUAUGAUUCGAGCGGAAGCGGUGAACAAGAUCCGGCACGACGAGGCUGAAAGGUACAAGGCGAGAAUGGAAAAACAAGCACAACUACGCAAGGAGUACAUGUUGCUCAACGCACAGAUAAGAGAUUCAAAAAAACUGGAAGAAGAGAUGAAUAACAUCGAAGUGCUGCAGAUACAAGAGUACACGCGCAAAAAAAACGAACGAGAAAUAGCGUUUGAGCGAGAGCUACAAAAGCAGAAACUACUGAAGGAAAAGUCUAUUGCCAAGAUACAGGCGAGUCAACAAGCUACAUACGAUUUGCGAGCCACCAAAGACGAGCUAAACGCGCUCAGAGUCAGAGACCAGGUAGAGCGUGAGUGGCGCCGUAAGGAACGAGAAGAGGCCAUCAAAAAAGUGGCAGUAGAAGAAGAACUAAACGCGACCAGGCGCAAACAGAUCGAAGACCAAAGAAUAGCGUACGCGUUUGAAAUUCAAAGAGAGAAGGAUGAAAGCGAAAAAAUCGCUAAACUAAACAUCGAAGACAUUAAAAAGAGUAAAGAAAUGGACGAAAAAAAUAGAAUGAAAAUCGAAGCACAUCGUAGAAACCUAUUAAAACAGAUUAACGAUAAAGAACAAGAAAAGAUACUAGAAAGGAAAAGGUUCUUCCAGGAAGGCAUAAAGCUGAAACAAGAAGAGCUUGCCAGGCAAAAAAUGUUACGAGAUACUAUGUACAAUAAAAUCGAGGAACUCAAGAUGCACAACGUACCGGAAAAGUUUGUUCAAGGGAUUGUGAGACAACUCAAGUUACACAAAUAAUAAGAUACUUUCGACGAUGCUAAUAUUUCCGGAGGAAUUGUUUUCUUAAUAAAUACCUAAUGCGUCAGCAUAUUAAAAUAAUUCCCAUCGCACGCACUUAUCAACUCAUUACUAAUGUACCCACACCUCAUAUGACAUACUAUUAUACCUACUACAAUAGGCACGUGCUAAACGAUCGUGUAAGUGAUGAAUUUCACACUCAAAAUGAGAUUCUCGGCGACAGCUAGCCUAAUGGAGUUCUCGUGUAAAUUAUUAAUAUAUAGAGUAGGUAGGUACCGCGUACGAAUCGGUUUCGAUUGAAUGAUCACAAAAUAUUAGAUUCCGUAAGCUAUUCUUGCGACAACACUAUGAUAUAAAUGUGUAAUAGUCGUUAUUUACCACUGGAACAAAAUUUAUGGAAACUUAAAAUGUCAUAAGUUCACUGCGGUAGACUUGUCUCGAACUACAAUGUUACGUCACGACUACGUGCUUCGUAUAUCCAAUACUUUCCGUGUUAAGACGUUCAAUGUUUAAAAUAAUAACUUAAGCUUAGCAUGAUCAUCUACAAAAAAUACUGCUAUGUGUUAUGAAUGAUUAUACUUUGGAUAGGUUUGAUCUAGAAACUAAACGAAUGAAAUAGAAUCAUUAGGGUUUUAACCAGGGACUAGAACCUUGAUGAUUUUUAUGGUUCCGGUUCCUGUUCGGUUCUCAGAAAAACUAAAAUUUAGGUUUCUAUUUCUUUUCGGUUCUUCAAAAAUUAAAAUGUGAUACCUAUUUUGUUUUAUACUUACGUAAAAAAAAAUGUACAGUAUAAGUAUCGGUUCCGGUUUUUAAAUUAAUUUAAAUAAGGGUUUCGGUUCCAAAUAUUCAAAGCGUUCCAAAACCGGUUCUUUUCGGUAAGGUCCCAGUCCCUGGUUUACCAUAUUAUAGUAUAGUAGUAGUACUAACUAUCACGGUAUCUAAGUGUAUUUCAAUUUAUAGUUUCUUUAGUAUUUUGUGUUGUAAUAGAUAGUAGACAACAAUUUAUUAUAAUAGAAUAAAUGAAUAAAAUCAAAUACAACUAUGACAACAUUAAAUUAACAAAUUAUUUAGCUUAAUGUUUUUUUUUACAUCUCGUUUGAAGAUGAGAGACAGAGAUAGAAGAUUAUUAUUGUGUGUGAAUUAUUACGUGUUAUUGUACACAAUAUUGUUAUGCACCUAUUAUCAAUGUAAAUUAUCAUUACUUGGUAUAUCGCACCUCUGGAAAAGGUUGUCACAGCUCAACAUUUUUAAUUUUGAGAAAAAGUGACUUCAAGUUUAAAUUUAUGAUAUUUGAAAGAGUUUUUUACCUAUGAUUUUGAAACUAAAAACUUAAAUAUACUUGCAAAGAUACUUUACAAUACGACUUUUUCAAAUAUUAUUCUCUCAAACCCAAAUUUUUUUAAGUGCAAGAAUGCUAUAU